AUGGUUGUUGGUGAAAUAAAGGAACGUUUGUAUAUAUCUGAACCAAAUGGCGCUUUUGCUAUCGAAUGUUCCAAUGCGCGAUCAUUGCGCUUCCUAUUAAUUAAGCUAUUAACGAUUUCAUCAUUCCUACAAUCGACUACAACGAAUAUUUCUAAUGCUAUACAUUAUUUGCAAAAAGAAAUCUCGAAAAUAAAUGAAACAAUUAAUUCGGAUUAUCAGUUAUUAUCAAAUACAAUAUUUUAG